CCCUCCUGGUGCGUGAACCACAACAAACACACUUCUCAGCUGAUGGCUGUAACGUCAGGAUAAAAACUCAUCAAAGACAACAGCAGCAGCAGCCAUGGGCAAGGCCCAGUCACACUUGACCAAACACAAAGAUGAGAGUCAAGACGCGCUGACGGCUGCUGGCGAGUUCAGAGACGGUCAGACUGAGGAGGAUGGAAAGAAUGGAGACGUGUCUCAGUUCCCUUAUGUGGAGUUCACGGGGCGGGACAGCGUCACAUGUCCAACAUGCCAGGGCACUGGCAGAAUCCCUCGGGGUCAGGAGAACCAGCUUGUGGCCCUGAUUCCGUACAGUGACCAAAGGCUCCGGCCGAGCAGGACAAAGCUGUAUGUCACCAUAUCAGUGUCUCUCUGCCUGCUGCUGUCUGGUCUGGCUGUUUUCUUCCUGUUCCCUCGCUCCAUCGACGUCACCUACGUGGGAAUAAAGUCUGCUUACGUUUCCUACGACCAGGAGAAGAGGAUUGUUUAUCUCACCAUUACAAACACGCUGAACAUCACCAAUAAUAACUACUACGCCAUUUCUGUGACCAACAUUACGGCUCAAGUACAGUUCUCCAAGACGGUGAUCGGCAAGGCCAAGUUAAGCAACACAACGGUGAUCAUGCCUCUGGAUGAGCGACAGCUGGACUACACGGUCCCCACAACCAUUGCUGAUGAGAUGAGUUACAUGUUCGACUACUGCACCCUGUCAACGAUCAAAGUUCACAACAUUGUGGUCAUGAUGCAGGUUACCGUGACAACGGCAUACUUUGGUCACACGGAGCAGGUCUCUCAGGAAAUGUACCAGUACGUGGACUGUGGGGGCAACACCACCUUCUUUCAUGGCCACGUCCAAGUCUACCAGUAAGAGACCUGGAUCGAAUAAGCACGGAGUCGCCGCGGAAACGGAAGCAACACAUCUCCUAAAUCAUCACCCAUUCCUAAAGUCCCAACGCCAUUAUUCCAUUCAUGGGUUAAUUGUGAUGUUUGGGAGGAAAUUGUGUAUCUUGUGGUUGUUUUCUAGGCUUUUAAAGCGAUCUAGAGCGAGUUUAAUGAGUACGGCUGUGAGGUUUGGAGUCUUUCCAACCAAGCUGCAGACAGAAUGAACAGAUAUUUAUUUAGGUGGAGGUUGUUUCUCCUCACUAACAACAGAACGUAACAGAUCUGAUGCACUUUAGACUGAUUCCUAUCCGACAUAACGUGGCAGAAUGCUCUCAACUCUCCUCGUUGACCACUUUAAAGCACGCCAGCCGUUACAAACUCAUUUAUGUAAUAAAACCACUGAUCCCUUUAUGUUCUCAUAUGACCAGCCUUUGCAGCAUCCAUGAUGUAGUUUAGUGCAACAUAACUUCCAUUAUGUUCCUCAAAUUUCAUACUAAUUAAAAGCAGCUGUGAUUUAAAUGAAAAAUUUCUUACUAAGUAAUUGAAACAAUUGUUUCAACUAAAAAAAAAGUUUUUUUGUCAAAACAAGCAGAACAUUUGCAAAAAUGCAGAAAUGUAGAAUUGAGUGGGGAAAAUAAACCGUUGCAUUAAAAAGUGUGAUUUGAAUAUUGUUUAGUGUUUAAAGAAACUUAAUUCACUUUGAAUGGUGGUUCUGUGGGCUGUGGUGUCUGUCGUCAAGCUAGUUUAAAUCCACUAACUUAAAAACUAAAGCAUGAGCUGACUCUUUGUUUAAUGUUAGUUUAAUGAAUCUGGGGUUUUGUUUUCUAAUGUUCUGACAUUGUUUUAUUGUUAAAAUCUCUCAGUUUUGUCAUGCAAUGGUUUCUAACACAACAAAUCAGAAAUGAUUAAUACAGCUGCUGCAUCAUUAAUAAACACUGUUUCUGUCAUUUUUACACUUUAAAUCCAAAUGUUGUUACUACAUUUAUAAUAUAGAUCUUCUAACUUUCAGCAUCGACAUUUUGAUUCUGUGAUUUUCAUGUAUGAAGUUGAGAAUAAAAACUUAUUUCAUUGUA